GCCGCUCCGUGACCGGGCCCUCGCCGCGCCGCCCCUCGCCUCCCUCCCUCCGUGCCCGGCCCACCCCCGCGCGGCGCCCCUCCCCCGCCCGCAGCCGCGCGCGCUCUCGGGGGGAGGGGCGUGGGGGCGGGGAGCCGAUUUGCAUGCGGCCCCGGCUUCGCCUGCGCCCGCGCCCGCCGGAGCCCGCGCGGCCGAGCUGAGCGCGCCGAGCCUCGCGCGGCCCUCGGGGCCGAAGGUGCAGCCGGCGCCUAGGAUGAGCGAGGGCGCGGCCGCCGCCUCCCCGCCGGGCGCCGCGUCUGCAGCCGCCGCCUCGGCCGAGGAGGGCACCGCGGCGGCGGCGGGCGGGGGCCCGGACGGCGGCGGCGGCGAAGGGGCGGCCGAGCCCCCCCGGGAGUUACGCUGCAGCGACUGCAUCGUGUGGAACCGGCAGCAGACGUGGCUGUGCGUGGUGCCGCUGUUCAUCGGCUUCGUGGGCCUGGGGCUCAGCCUCAUGCUGCUCAAAUGGAUCGUGGUGGGCUCCGUCCAGGAGUACGUGCCCACCGACCUGGUGGGCUCCAAGGGGAUGGGCCAGGACCCCUUCUUCCUCUCCAAGCCCAGCUCCUUCCCCAAGGCCAUGGAGACCACCACCACCACCACCACGGCGGCCGCCAGCGCGCCCCCAGCCGCCCCCUCGGCCGGGCCUGGGGCGAGCAGCAGCGGCAGCGGCAGCGGCGCCGCCUCCUCCAGGACGCCCAACCGGAUCAGCACGCGCCUCACCACCAUCACGCGGGCGCCCACGCGCUUCCCGGGCCACCGGGUGCCCAUCAGGGCCAGCCCGCGCUCCACCACGGCGCGGGGCCCCGUGGCGCCCCCGACGGCCCCGGCCACCUCCACGGCCCCCUUCUCCUCGGGCGGCGGCUCCCCCAGCUCUCGGGCGCCCGGCAGCCCCGGCACCCCGGCGGCACCCUCCGGACCCACUGCGGCACACGCUACCUCCUCCUACCUCCACGACUCGACCCCUGCCUGGACCCUGUCCCCCUUCCAGGACGCCGCGGCUGCUGCCUCCACCACCGCCGCGCCGGAGCCCAGCACCAGCGCCAGAUUCCAUACGACCACAUAUUCCACGCAGCGAUCCGAGCACUUCAAGCCCUGCCGAGACAAGGACCUGGCCUACUGUCUCAACGACGGCGAGUGCUUUGUGAUCGAGACCCUGACCGGAUCCCACAAGCACUGUCGGUGCAAAGAAGGCUACCAAGGAGUCCGUUGCGACCAAUUCCUGCCGAAAACUGACUCCAUCUUAUCGGAUCCAACAGACCAUUUGGGGAUUGAAUUCAUGGAGAGUGAAGAAGUUUAUCAAAGGCAGGUGCUGUCGAUUUCAUGUAUCAUCUUCGGAAUUGUCGUCGUGGGCAUGUUCUGUGCAGCCUUCUACUGCAAAAGCAAGAAACAAGCUAAGCAAAUCCAAGAGCAGCUGAAGGAGGCUCAGAAUGGCACGAGCUACAGUCUCAAAGCAUCCAGCACGAUGUCAAAGCCGGAGAGUUUGGGGAAGAGCCACGUGCAGCUGCACAGCUAUUCAAAGGCGGAAAGGCAUCCUGUCACGGCUCUGGAGAAAAUGAUGGAGUCAAGUUUUGGAGGUCCCCCGCCAUUCCCUGAGGUCCCUUCUCCAGACAGAGGGAGCCAGUCCAUCAAACACCACAGCAGGAGUCUCUCCUCUUGCUGCAGCCCAGGGCAGAGAAGUGGGAUGAUGCUCCACCGCAAUGCCUUCAGGAGGACGCCCCCCUCGCCCCGGAGCAGACUGGGCGGAAUGGCGGGACCAGCGUAUCAGCAACUUGAAGAAUCAAGGAUCCCAGACCAGGAUGCGAUACCCUGCCAAGGGAUAGAGGUCAGGAAGACUAUGCCCCACCUGCCUCUACAGCUGUGGUGUGUUGAAAGACCCCUGGACCUAAAGUAUUCAUCCAGUGGUAUAAAACCCCGACAAAAUUCAUCAAUAAAUAUGCAACUGCCUUCAAGAGAAACAAACCCCUAUUUUAAUAACUUGGAUCAGAAGGACCUGGUGGGAUACUCAUCCGCAAGGGCCAGUUCUGUGCCCAUCAUCCCCUCGAUGGGCCUGGAAGAAACCUGCAUGCAAAUGCCAGGGAUUUCUGAGGUCAAAAGCAUCCCAUGGUGCAAAAACUCUUACUCUGCUGACAUGGUCAACGUGAGUAUUCCCGUGAGCGACUGUUUUAUAGCAGAACAACAGGAAGUGGAAAUAUUGCUAGAAACUGUCCAGGAGCAGAUCCGGAUUCUGACUGAGGCCAGACGGUCAGAAGACUACGAACUGGCCAGUGUAGAGACAGAGGACAGCGCAAGCGAAAACACAGCCUUUCUGCCCCUGAGUCCCACGGCCAAAUCAGAACGAGAGGCGCAGUUUGUCUUAAGAAAUGAAAUACAAAGAGACUCAGCGGUGACCAAGUGACUGGAGACGUAGGGAUCUGUGCGUUGGAUGCUUUGCUCAGCAGGAAAGAGAGGAGAUUAAAUACAAAUUAUUUAUAUGCAUUAAUUUAAGAAGCAUCUACUUAGAAGAAACCAAAUAGUCUAUCGCCCUCAUAUCAUAGUGUUUUUUAACAAAAUAUUUUUUUAAAGGGAAAGAAAUGUUUCAGGAGGGAUAAAGCUUACCACGGAAGCUUUUGGGUAGCAUUCUGAACCCCCUUUGAGUUAGUCCUAGCCUUGUCCUGUUUGGGCCUCAGAAGAGGCGGGCCGCUGAGACCAGGUGCCACAGUGCCACCGUCCCCACCAAGGUAGCCUGGCAGGUGCCUGGUGUGUCCCUGCACCGUGUACCAGGGAGCAGGUGGCCCUUGCCAUUCGGCGUGCCGAUGCCAACCCCUAAAUUUCCACUAAACCAACACCCAUAUCGCAGGUCAUGUGUGUCAAGAAGCGUAGUGUUCUGUAUUUGAUUUUGGAAGAAAGGCAUGACAACUGCCAGGGAAAGAGACGGCGGUGGUGGGGAGCGGCUGGAGCAGACUUUGCUAUGCCCUUGGGCCAUCUUCCUCUGAAAUUCGAAAGCACAGAAUCUCAGAGGGAGGAGAGAAAUCACUAUAGAGAGAGACAGACAAGAAACUCACAAUGUCCUGUCACUAAAAUGAUGCUAAUAGAAAUGUUCUCCUCAGAGAUUGCUCACGAGCUCUGAAGGAGCAUUUCUCAGUGUGUACGCGUGUACGUGUGUGCGCGAGCGUGCAGAGGUGUGAACUUGCUCCCCGGGGCACGCGUGCUCUUGCACAUGUGUCCUUUGUGCGUAUGUGUGUGCAUGUGCGUGUGUGCAUUAAGCUUGCUCAAAUUUGUUCUAAAACAUCAGGGAACCUGAUACUCAGAUAAAAGUAUUUUCCCUCUUGGAUCUGUUCACUUUCAAUUUUUCCAUUGGAGACACUGUUCAGUGGGCGAGUUCUUAAAAUCAAGGCCACUUGCAUGAGGAGUCCUAGAAACCCCUGACGAGGUCCAGACAGUUUUAUGAUGUGAAUCCUUCAAAAGAAACGACUAUUGGCUUUUUGGUGAUAUCGGUAUCACAGAGUGUAUUGACGAGGUAUGUGUUUAUUUUGAAUCAUAUCCACUUACAUCCUCUACACGGGCCACUUAUCAAACUGACGGUGGCUAUUUUAUUUCUCAUCAGCCUCAUGGCUAUCGGGUUAGAGCAGGUCCACUAUUUGUGGACCAAAGCAUUGGCUUCUGUGGUUAAUGCGGAAGGAAUGAAUUGUUGAAAUCCCAAGUCCAAACUACUCAGUUCACGAGAAGCCCCCCAAAAGAACAGGAAAUUGUGUUGUAUGUUCAUUUGGAAUAAAGCAAUAUUUUUACCACUGCUGAGGUGAACUGAACCCUCUCCGGGAGAUUCGUCUGUUCCAUUUCCCUCACGUUCAUGGGGCAUUCAAGGAAAUUAGUGUUCACAAACCCAGUCGUUUUCCAAUUAUUGGUGGUGUUGAGUUGUUAUGUUUACACUGUUUUAAAUAAAAAGGCACAGUAUUUGAAACUACAUAAAA